GGGUGGCUGAAGUUGAAGUGCACAGAGUUUCAUGCCGGACAGGCUGAAUGACUUUCAACAGUUUUGUUUGAAAGAGUAAGUGCUCCUCGAUUAUUGAGGAUCCGGAUCCCGGGGCCGAGGCUUUUUUCGAAUUUGUAUCGAAGUAGAAACGAUCACCGAAAGAAGCUCUCAUGAUUCAUGUAAACCUCACAACAGUCGAAAGGAUCUCCCUGGUUUGUUUGUUAUAGUAAAUGGUGUUUUCUGAAGGAUGUAUUCGAAAAAUAUCCAACCCACGAAGUACCUGAAUGUAAUUAUCCAGUAAUUAACUUCCCACGCACGUUGCAAAAGUUGAAAGUGUAAGGGUAUAUUUGCAAAAAGGCAUAAACCCUAAAAAUCUCCAUCUUCUCUCUAUAUAAUCCCUGCGGCUAAAACCCUACUCCGCCAUCUUCCAAGCCUCUCCUCCAGCGCUUCCGCCAUUGAAGCUCCACCCCGAAGGUUCCUGAUCGAGGCAGGAGGCUUGAGAGGAUGUCGAAGUCAAACCCGAAAGUCUUCUUUGACAUACUGAUCGGAAAGUCGAAGGCUGGCAGAGUGGUAAUGGAGCUCUUUGCUGAUGUAACCCCUAAAACUGCUGAAAACUUCCGAGCACUCUGCACCGGAGAAAAGGGGAUCGGUCAGUCUGGGAAGCCCCUCCACUACAAGGGCUCGACAUUCCACCGCAUAAUUCCCCAGUUCAUGUGCCAGGGCGGAGACUUCACUCGAGGCAAUGGAACGGGAGGAGAAUCAAUCUACGGGACGAAGUUUGCCGACGAGAACUUCAAGAUGAAGCACACGGGGCCUGGAAUUCUCUCGAUGGCCAAUGCAGGGCCCAACACAAAUGGGUCCCAGUUCUUCAUCUGUACGGAGAAGACCUCAUGGCUCGACGGGAAGCAUGUUGUGUUUGGGAAGGUCGUGGAAGGGUACAAUGUGGUGAAGGAGAUGGAGAAGGCAGGGUCGGAUAGUGGGAGGACCAGGGAGACUGUUGUUAUCGAAGAUUCUGGGCAGCUAUCGGAGAAUUGAUCGGCAGAUAUUACCGACUUUAGAAAAUGCAGAUUUUGUAAUGAGUUAUGGCAAACUACUGUAAACUAUAUGACCCUUUGGUUUCAAAUAAAGCUAGAAUUGGUUCGUCUUCCUGA